GCGGCAGAAUUUAGUUCUGCUGGAAAGUGAUGUGCUUGGAAAAUUACUUGGAGUUGUGAAAAUAAAACUAAAAAAGUAUAUUUACCAUCAGUUGUAUAGGUUUUGAAUUGCAUUAUUAGUUUAAAUCAACUAAAAUGUCCACAGUUGGCGAAUUGAAGACGGGUGAUAAUGUUGCAGAGGUUGAAGUUAAGCCCCCGCCAGUGAAAACCACGAGUCUCGCCAGUGAUUUGCGACAAUUUCGUCUAAACAAAUCGGCAAAUCCUGCAAUCAAUAAAACAGAACGUGUGCCAGGUAAAAAACGAAUACAGGUAAUGGCGGACAGUGACAGUGAUGGUGCACCUGACAAUCAGUCGCCAAAAAAAGUUAAAUUAGAGUUAACAGUGAAGGAAAAAGAAGAACGUUAUUUAGCUGCUGUGAAAAUAUCGCCGGAUUAUGAUGCUAUGGAUAUACAAGAUGCAUUAGUGCGUAACGGCUGGAACGUUUCCGAAUCAUUGCGAUAUUUAAAGGACAAUUUUAAGCCAAAACAUUCUACAAAUAAAACUACUCUAGCAAAUAUUGCCCGUGGUAGCAGUAAGCCCACACAAAAUGGCAGUUCUUCUCGCUCAAAAGCACAAUCACAAAAUUAUUCGGACUGUGAGGACUCAGAUGACGAGGUACGGGCAUCCACCGAUCAAGUAUACGAUAGUGAAGAGAGCGAUACUGAAGCUUCUAAUGUAAUGACAGGACAAAGAAAAAAAGUUUUUGAUUUUAUGAACAAAGCAACGCUUAUAGAAUUACAAACGGUUAAAACUUUGUCGGAAAAGAAAGCAAAUUUAAUUAUGGAAAUACGUCCUUUCAAAGACUGGAAAGAUUUACUUAAAAAAUUAGAGUCAAAUAAGGCUCUCUCAGCUGAUGUAUUAAAUAUGGCACAGGAAUUGAUAAACAAACAAAAUAAUGUGGCUAGUAUACUGGAAAAAUGCAACAAAAUGGUGAAGCGUUUAGAGGCAGCAAUCGAAACUGGUGCAGGCAUAGUAGAGCAACCGAAAAUCCUCAAUGACAAAAUGAAACUAGCUGACUACCAAAUUAUUGGCCUCAAUUGGUUAACGGUAAUGCAUAACCAAAAAAUGAAUGGCAUUCUAGCAGAUGAAAUGGGUCUUGGAAAAACUAUACAGGUUAUUGCUUUUCUGGCAUAUCUCAAAGAGAAUAGUUUAGCUAAAGGCGCACAUUUAAUUGUUGUGCCUUCAUCUACGUUGGAUAACUGGGAGGCUGAAAUAAGCAAAUGGUGUCCGAGUUUGGUUGUUGAAAAAUAUCAUGGCGCACAAGAUGAACGAAGACGCAUGCGCGUGCGUUAUGCUAGAGAUGGCUUUACUGGUUUUGAUGUAUUACUGACAACUUACCACAUCGUGAGUUCCACACCAGAAGAAUGUAAAAUGUUUCGUGUUUGCAAACUGCAUUAUGUGAUUUUUGAUGAGGCGCAUAUGUUGAAAAAUAUGACAACGCAACGAUAUGCAAAUUUAAUCAAAAUAAAUGCGGAAAUGCGCAUUUUACUUACUGGUACUCCGUUACAAAAUAAUUUACUCGAAUUAAUGUCACUACUGUGUUUUGUGAUGCCAUCAUUCUUCUCCAAAAGUAUUGAGGAUAUUAAAAGUCUUUUCGCUAAGAAAGGUAAGACGGAGACCGCAAGUAAAGACGUCUCACAGUUCCAGGAAACACAAGUGGAACGCGCAAAGCGUAUUAUGAAGCCGUUUGUGCUAAGACGUCUCAAAAAAGACGUACUUAAUAAUUUGCCGAAAAAAGAGUCUGUUAUUGUUAAAGUUCCAUUAACUGAUACACAAAAACAAAACUAUCAUGAAUUAGUUGACUACUAUUCAAAUAGGAAGGGCGAAAUUUGUAGUGGCGACCGGGCAGGUACCACAAUAAUGAUGGAAAUGCGAAAAGUUGCCAAUCACCCGCUUUUAAUGCGUUACUAUUUCAGUGACGAGACCUUACAUGAUCUUUCUGAGCGUUUAGCCUGUGCGCCGACUUUAAAAAAAUCCAAUCCACAAUAUAUAUUUGAGGAGUUAGCCGUUAUGUCGGACUUUCAAGUGAUGCAAUUAUGUAAUAAGCAUGAUCUAUACGAUGUAACAAUACCCAACGAACUAAUCUGUAAUUCGGGGAAAUUUAAGUAUUUGGAUACAUUAUUGCCUAAAUUGAAAACAGAGGGUCAUCGCGUUUUAAUAUUCAGUCAGUUUACAAUGAUGUUAGAUAUCAUGGAACAUUAUUUGAAGAUAAAAAAAUUCGGCUAUUUUCGUUUGGAUGGCUCAACGGCCGUAGAUGAACGUCAAGAUAUGAUUAACGAUUUUAACGCCGACUCUGGUAUAUUUAUAUUUUUGCUUUCUACGAAAGCUGGUGGUGUGGGCAUAAAUCUGACGGCAGCCGAUACAUGUAUCAUACAUGAUAUCGAUUUCAACCCAUACAACGAUAAACAAGCUGAGGAUCGUUGUCAUCGUAUGGGACAGACACGUCCAGUAACCAUAUAUCGAUUGAUUGCUGAAAGUACAAUUGAGGAGGGUAUGCAAAUGGUGGCCGAAGAGAAGCUGAAAUUGGAAAAAGAAAUCACUUCGACUGAGAAAGGCGAAGUACAAGAGCAGAAAUGCGUUGUAAGGCUACUCACCAUGGCGCUGGGUCUCGAUAAAGAUGAAGAGGAGCGCCUAAAUAACUCCAUGAACAGCUCAUUAACUUCCCAGUAAAGUGGCGGAGCACUUUAAUUCCAUGCAAAAAAAAAAAAAUAGAAAAAACAAAUAAGUAAAAAUUAAGAGAAUGUAAUGUUUGAUGGUCAUUUAUUUUAAUUUUUAAAGUUUAAUUGUUUGAUUUUUAUAUGAUAUGUUGCGCACAGCUAUUAAUCACAUUCCUAAAGAGUUCCGUGUUUAUAUAGACAUACAGACAAUGUUGCUACGCUGUUCCCAAAAAAAUGAGCAAUGCAUCUUUAUUAUAUUGUAAUGCGCAAAGUUAAAAUAUUUUCAAAUCAAUAUUUAUAUAAAUACAUUGCUUGAUAUGUUUCAAUAGGGGUGUGACUACUAAAAAGUGAUGACAAGAAAUAAUAAUUAUUGUUAUAAGUGUGCAACUAAUAUACAGACAUACAUACAUAU